GGACCUGUGUAACGGCGCCCUGCAUAGCGCGGCUCACAUAUUUUGGUGAAGCAUCUCUGAAGCGGUCGGGAGUCAAGAUGAGCACCCCCCUCACGCCGGGCUCUGGAACCGAGCCUGCAUCAAACCCUGGGACAGGAGAAAAGGAUUCGGCUUCUGCAGCCAAAAAAACUAGAAAAUGUGGUAUUUGCUGCAAAAGAUUGUCUAACACUGGAUCCAAGCCCCUGUGUAAAGAAUGUACUGCCAGUGUCAUCAAGUCUGAGUCUUCUAGUCUAAUUGAAGACAUUAGAAAAGUGGUAAAAGAAGAGGUUCAGCUAGCCUUAACUACCAGAGAACCUACUCCUCCCAAAGUUCCCCCCACUCAGGACGCCCGUAGUGUUAAAUCACUUAUCCUGGAUUCCGACUCUGAGGGGCUGGCGGUCUCAGACUCCGAAUCUGUCCAAAAACACCCGGCAUCUUCAGAUGAAGAGGGCGAAUAUAAGCGCUUCCUGUUCAAUCCUGAAGAUAUUGAUGAACUUAUCAGGGCCAUCAGGGCCACCAUUCAGAUGGAGAUGCCUAAAACCCCUAGGUCUACCCAGCAAGAAAUUUUUGGGGGUCUAGGUGAAAGGAAGAAGGCCGUUUUUCCAGUCCCUGAUAGUGUCCAAAAAUUAAUUAGGUCUGAAUGGGAAAAACCGGAUAAAGGAUCCUUUAUCCCAAGAGGAAUUAAGAGGCGCUACCCCUUUAGCCAAGAGGACUGUACGGAUUGGGAGACCAUUCCCAAAGUAGACGCGCCAGUGGCCAAGGUAGCAAAACAUACGGCCCUACCGUUUGAAGACUCAGCACAAUUGAAAGAUCCUCUAGACAGGAAAGCGGAGAGUCUCUUGCGAAAGACCUGGGAGACUACGGCGGCCCUUCUCAAACCGGGCGUUGCCUCCACAUGUGUGGCCAGAACACUGAACCUUUGGCUAGACCAGCUAGAGAUACAUCUGGUCAAUAAGACACCACGGGAUCAAAUUCUAGAGAGCUUGCCUCUAUUAAAGAUGGCAACCUCCUUUCUAGCAGACGCAGCUGCUGAAUCAGUUAAACUGUCCGCCCGUACAGCUGUUCUCUCAAAUACAGCGAGAAGGGCACUAUGGCUUAAAGCGUGGUCAGGAGAUAUCACAUCUAAAAAUAAAUUAAUCGCACUCCCCUUCCACGGUCAGUACGUUUUCGGAGAAGAUCUAGAUAAAAUCCUAGACAACGCGACAAAUAAAAAAAGAGGGUUUCCAGAGGAAAGAUAUAAACAAAAAAGGCAGCCCUUUCGUGACCGAUUUUUUCAACCCGAAAAUAAAAAAGAUAAAGGGAAGACUGGGAGGUGGAGCUAUGCGAAGGGAGGCAGGGGGAGAAGCUUCCUCUUCAACCCAAAUCGGGCCGAAGCCUCCUCAUCCAACAACAAACAAUGACGCCAUACCAGUGGGGGGAAGACUCGGCUCCUUUCUAAGAUCUUGGGAGCAUGUAACAAACAGCCGGUGGAUCUUAAGUAUUAUACAAGAGGGUUAUCUGAUAGAUCUUCUCUCUUCCCCUCCACAGAAAUAUGUGAUCACUACCCUUCCCCCAUCUCAAACUGCGACCUUAAAAAACGACAUAAAAAACCUAUUAACCUUGGACGCCAUAGAGCCCGUCCCGAAAAAUCAGACAGGACUGGGAUUCUAUUCCCGCCUCUUCAUUAUAAAGAAACCAAACGGGAAAUCCAGGGUAAUUAUAAAUCUGAAACAUCUAAACAAAUACGUAAGAUAUCAAAAAUUCAAAAUGGAGACCCUGAAGUCAGCAGUGAAACUCUUAAAAAAGGAUGCAGUGAUGGCCACAAUAGAUUUAAGCGACGCCUAUUAUCACGUCCCAAUUCACAGGUCAUCAAGGGAAUUCCUAAGGUUCGCAAUAGAAUUGGAGGGAAACAUUCAGCAUUUCCAGUUCAGGUGUCUCCCCUUCGGGAUCUCUUCUGCCCCAAGGGUUUUUACCAAAAUAAUGGCGGAAGCCUUGACAACCUUGAGAGAAAAGGCAAUUUGUGUGAUCCCCUAUCUGGACGACCUACUGGUAGUGGCGGACAACAUAGAGACCAUGGGAAUCCAUCUCGGGUUAGUCCUGGAUCAUCUACAGAGCCUAGGUUGGCUCAUCAAUUGGAAAAAAUCGGAUUUAAUCCCAUCCAAACGGAAAGUUUUUCUGGGCAUUACUCUAGACACAGUCUCCCAAAGAUCCUUUCUACCACCUCAAAAGAUAGUAAAACUUCAGACAGCUUUGAGGAAGUUCAAGAAGGAGAAAUUCUGUUCAAUAAGACAGGCCAUGAAGGUACUAGGGAGUCUGUCCGCUUGCAUUCCAGCAGUUGCCUGGGCACAGUUCCAUCUAAGACCACUCCAGAAAUUCAUCUUAGACAAAUGGAACAGAUCGCAAUUAACCCUAGAGAGGAAAAUAUUCUUAGAUGCAGAGACCAAAAAAUCACUAACUUGGUGGCUCAGCAAUUCGAACCUAGAAAACGGGAUUUUCUGGGCACAAGAUCUCCCUCUAGUCAUCACAACAGAUGCCAGCCUCCACGGGUGGGGAGCGGUCGUCCAGGGGAACUCCUACCAGGGAACAUGGGGGAAUUACGUGAGCCAGCAAUCCUCAAAUUUCAAGGAGCUGAGGGCAGUGUGGGAAGCACUGAAACACACAAGUCAGCUGGCAAAGGGUCGUCACGUCCUAGUCUACUCGGACAACGCUACAGCCGUGGCCUUUAUCCAACACCAGGGAGGCACAAGGCAUCGCCCGCUACAGAACCUGGCAAACAAAAUCUUUUCCUGGGCAGAAGGCAACAUUCAAUCUCUUUCAGCGGUUCAUUUGAAGGGAGUUUUAAACAUUCAGGCCGAUUACCUAAGCCGGCACAGACUAGACCCAGGGGAAUGGAUGUUAGCUCCAGAAGCCUUCCAUUUAAUCACGAAGAAAUGGGGCAGGCCGACGAUAGACCUGUUUGCAUCCAGGAGAAAUCAUCAGCUAAACCAGUUCUUCUCCCUCAACCCCAGGGAUCAUCCUCGGGCAGUAGACGCCCUCAACCAGAGUUGGACAACAAACUUAGUCUACGCCUUCCCCCCAUUUCCGCUUAUCCCCAGAGUGUUACAGAAGUUCCUAAAAGAAAAGUGUACACUAAUCCUGAUAACCCCCUUCUGGCCCAAGAGAAGUUGGUUCUCCCUCUUGAAAGCCCUCAGCGUGGA